AUGAAAAAUGAAAGUGAUAGAGUAAGGGUAGUAUGCAGGGUCAAUUGUGGGUUUUUAAUGUUGUGCUCCAAAGUGGGUCAUAAGCUCACUUAUGCUAUAAAAACCGUAGUUGACAAACACACAUGUGUUAGGAUUUUAGACAAUAAAUCUGCAAGUUCUAGGUGGGUGGCUAAGGAAGUGUUGAAGAAAAUGAAAACAUAUGAUAAUGUCAGGAUUUGUGAUAUAAUUCAAGACUUGAGGCAAAAUUAUUUUAUGAGCAUCACGGUGGCUAGUGCAUGGAAGGCUAAACUCAUAGCCAAGAAGAUGCUUGAAGGAGAUGCAGACAAACAAUAUGCAAAUUUAAGGAGAUAUGCUGCAGAAUUACAUAGAGUGAAUCCUGAGAACAAUUUGAGUAUCAGUUUAGAAAUACCAAGUCCAUGUAUGCAGCCAAGGUUUGGAUCCUUUUAUUUUUGCUUUGAUGGUUGUAAAAAUGGUUUCAUUAAUGGUCGUAGAACCUUUGUUGGGGUGGAUGGUUUUCAUCUAAAAACAAAGUAUAGGGGUCAGUUAUUAAUUGAUGUGGGUAGGGACCCAAAUGAUCAGUAUUUUCCUUUGGCCUUUGGGGUGGUUGAGACUGAAACUAAAUAA